CCAGCUGCGAUCGGCUAUUCUCGUCUGCUUUCGAGGCGAGCCGCAACGCGUCUCAAACAAGCCUGUGUCUCCAGGGCGGCUCUCCUUGUGCAGAGGAGCCAGCAUGCAGUCAUUUCCAGACCAGAAGCCACUCUGGUCCGCGGGGUUAGUUCGGAAGUCACAUUCAGGACAUAAACGUUUCUCCUGGAUUGAUGAUGAAGAAACUCUUAUUUUUCUUGCUGGUUGCUGAAAAUAUCUCAGCACUGCCUCUUACAUGUCUUCCCUCUCAGCCUGUCGAGGCCGUGGAGGGAGGAUCAGCGACUCUUCAGUGUCGUCUGGACGAACCCAUCGACCUGUCCUCUAAAACAGUGGAAUGGAAUAGAGGACACACCCUUUACGUUCAUGUUUAUAGAAGUCGGCGCGACGACCCUGAUUCCCAGAUGCUUCAGUACAGAGACAGAACCGCUCUGAAUCAUGGAGACCUGACCACAGGAGUCUCGACUCUGACCAUCUCCAACGUCUCUCUGUCUGACAAUGGGUCUUAUGAAGUCUAUCUCCCACAGCUGGAGGUCACAUGUUUGACUCACCUCACCGUCGUAACAAAGGAGCAAGAGAACCAGACCAAGAGGAAGGACUCCAGCACAACCUCUCCUCCAGCUGGAGAGAGAAAUGAUGCUUCAAACAGAGAGGCUGGUCGUGCUGCUAUCAUUCUCACAGUUCUCCUGGUUCUCUGCGUCCUCGUUGUUUGAAGAGUGGGAAGAUCCAGGGAUGGAGACGCUCAGAGGAGGGAAGGAGGGAAGGAGGGAAGGACAGACAAACGGAGACGGUGGGGAAUUAAUGCGAAAAUACAAAUCUGAACACGGACGCAGAAACUGGAGUCCUGCAGAGAGACGGAAACCUCUGAAAGUUACCCGCCGCUAAAUGUUCCAUUUUCCUGCUGAAAAACUAACCAGAUAGAAAUGAUAUCCUCCCUGCUGGCAGAGGUACACAUAUACAGGAUUAAAAACAAUGGGACCAAUAAAAGGGUCAUUCCAGAAAUGCAGGACAUUUCCGGUCCCACCUACGAAAUGUCCAAUAAUCCAUGUCCAAAGAAAAGGAAUUUAUUUCCACUACAAUAAGAGUAAUUAGAGUUAACGGGUUGCUGAGGAAGCGCACUCACUCCCUCACUAACAUUUUGGCUUGACUAUUGGUUUGUUAAUAAAGGUAGAACAUGUUUCUUCAGAGUUGUCUUUAUUAAAGGUAGUCAAGUGUUUAAUUUUGUAUUUAACCCUUCACUCCGCUUUCAGAACCAUGACCUGAUUGGCCAGGUUGGAUUUGGAAGGCGGGCAGUCUCCUGUAAAUGUGGUUGGGAAGAGACGGGAGGGGGGCAUGUGUGUUUGUUCCUUGCUGGUGAACGCAGCACCAGGCAUGACGUUUUUGUGUCUGGAAUAAUGUGGAAGGCUAACAAUAAAACGGCUGUUUAUUUUUGCAAGUAAA